GUCUGAAUCGAUUUGCUCAUCCUUGAAGUUUGGAAAUCUUUCCUCAAUAGUACCACAAGGACUCUUUGUUCGUUGAGAGAAAAAAGGCCCAUCACUAAACGAGAUGUCUUCCACCUCCACUCUCAUAUCCGCCGUUGGGGUCGUGUGGAGAUAUGCCUGGUUUCUGGCUUUUCGUCCAUUGGCCAUCCUCGUGCUGACGGGUGCAACCAUAUCCCUUAUUCGAUCUGGUGUCUCACUUUGCAAAGAUAUUCCCUCCAUGGCCUAUGAGAUAUUCAUGUGGUUCACCUCCUAAGGGUUUGGGGAGAAGGAUGCGUUAAUAUCUGCAUUACGUACUGGAGCGAGGGUAUCUUGGCGUUGAUUUGUCAUAAAUGCAUUGUUCAUUGGUUAAAGCGAUCCAUUCCUGCAUUGCAUAUGUACAUUGUAUAAUUUUUCUGCUAGCAUCUGCUGUUCAAACUAUGUGUCAUAUUUACUGGAGUUCAGUGUCAAUUCAAGCUGUGAUUGUUUGUCACUACAUAAAACCUGUCAAAUUGGGCAUUGAAAUCUUCCAUAAUAAAUAGUUUGAAAACCUCACAUGUUCUGCUUUAGCAAGGAUUUAAACAUAUUAGUCAUGUAGAUUGAAAGACACCAAUGAUUCGCAUAGUGAGUG